AAAAAAGGAUUGUUUACGAAAUUUCCAGUUCGUCUGCUGCUUGCUUGCCGACCGCCUGCCUGGGUCGUUUGGCUUGGUGGAUGAUCCCCAAAAGACCUACAGUUUCGCACUAUUUUUACAUCAUCUUUGUGUGCCGUCACUUGGAAAUUGCGUAACCGACUCUAUUGCGAAUUUCCUUCGUGAAUUGCUGAAUUCAAUUCGGUUUUUUUCCCAUCCGUCCCUAGUCAUCUUAUACUACAUCCCAGACAAAUUGGACACGAGGGAGAUUCGACUGCAGAAUAUCGCCCGUUAUUACGAGACGUGUGUGUGUGUGUGUGUGCAGAUAGCUUCUUGCUGACGGUGGGUCGGGCGGACCAGUGCUGCUGGCCGCGGGAGAAGUGCCAUGCCAACGCCCCUGGCGCCGUAUUCCAGUUGUUGUCGUCAUUGACACGCCAGUGGUGCUGGUGGUGGUCGACGGCUGCCCGCGCCCCCCGUUUUGAAUGACUGAAACAAUAACCGGACCAGUUGCAGUUUCAAGAUGGUCGUCAACGGAGGUAGCAGUCAACAGCAGCAGCCGACUCCGGCACCUCCGCCUCCGCCCGAUGUCAACAACAUCAUGGGCGGAAUCGAGCAGACGGUCGGCGUCCGCAUGCACAAUCACCGACGUAAACUCCGCCAAAGGUUCGAUUUGGUGCGCAAACUUGGACAGGGAACCUACGGCAAAGUUCAGUUGGGAAUCAAUAAAGAGACGGGCCAAGAGGUGGCCAUCAAGACGAUCAAAAAGGCCAAAAUUGAAACGGAAGCGGAUCUGAUUCGCAUCCGCCGCGAAAUUCAAAUCAUGUCUUCGGUGCGCCACCCCAACAUCAUCCACAUCUACGAAGUGUUUGAGAACAAGGAGAAGAUGGUCCUGGUGAUGGAGUACGCGGCCGGCGGCGAACUCUACGAUUACCUCAGUCAGCGCAAAGUCCUCAACGAGGCCGAGGCCAGACGAGUCUUCCGCCAAGUCGCUUCCGCCGUCUAUUACUGUCACAAGCACAACAUUUGCCAUCGCGAUUUAAAAUUAGAAAACAUUUUGCUGGACGAAAGCAAAACGGCCAAGAUUGCCGAUUUCGGAUUAUCAAACGUCUUUGAUGAUCGACGCCUGCUGACGACCUUUUGUGGCAGCCCUUUGUACGCCAGUCCGGAAAUCGUCCGUGGAACUCCGUACCAUGGGCCCGAAGUGGAUUGUUGGUCUUUGGGCGUUCUGCUUUACACGCUGGUUUACGGAGCCAUGCCUUUCGACGGAUCCAAUUUCAAGCGACUCGUCAAGCAGAUCUCAUCCGGCGAGUACUACGAGCCGCCUGACAAACCAUCAACUGCUUCGCCUCUGGUUCGUCACAUGCUGCUCGUCGAUCCGGCCAAGCGGGCCAACGUCGAGGACAUUUGCUCCCACUGGUGGGUCAACGAAGGCUACGGAGAAUCCUGUUUGGAAGUCGCGGAAGAAUUAGCCAACCAGACGCCCGUCCGGCUCGAUUUACUCCUGUCGCUGGUUCCGCCACCGGAGUCAACCGACACGGUCGUCGUCAGCGCCAAAACGGAUCAACCGGCCUCAACUCAGGCCAGCAAGGAAGGCGAUUCCAUGAACGAAUAUUACUCGGCGGCCGAGCCCAGUACGUCCGACGCUGCCAAAUCGGGUGGAGUUAAGAAAAAGAAGGAAAGUUCCAGUCAGUCGGGCAAAGAGGCGGACAAGGCCUCGACUGUCAAGAGGCGCCGGGCAGAAACCGACCAAGUCAAAUCGGCUGACGAUUCGACGACGACGACGAUGACUCCGGAAGGUCGCGGUGGCUGCCCAGCAGUGGGCGAUUUGGAUGCUCAAAAUUCUGCGGGACCCAGUCCCAUCGACGAUUCCGGGAUCCAGACGUCGUUGCGGGAGGAAGAGGAGGAGGAAUUGGUGACGGGCGUCGUCCAGUCUGCUCCGGAAGAGGUACGAACGAAAUCGACGUCGAGCGAAGCCAAAACGAAAUGUGAUGUGAUGACGGACGUUGAUAUGGACGAGGGUAUUAGCACGUCCAGCCAGGCGGAUGAUAGGCGAUCCAGCGUGCCAAUCGCCUCUUGUAUGGCGGCCAAUCCAGCCUCCGCCGCUCUCGCACCCUGUACAAUAAUGACCAAUAAUAAUAAUCCAUCCCAGUCUUCUUCGCCCUCGGCCAAUGCAACGACGACAACCUCCACGACCUCCACUUCAUCCAUCCCGCAUUGUUCCUCGGUUAGCCAACAUUCUCCAGCCACAUCCGCAUUUCGACAGACGACGACGACGACGACCGUGACCGUGGGGGACGUCUCAACUUUGUCGCCCCCAAUUGCUCCGACAACUGCCAAUGCAGAAAUCGAAAUGAGCCACCCGCCUCCUCUUCUUGAUGGCCGCCCUACCUGUGCUGCUCCUGCUGCUCCUGCUCAAGUUCCAGAAGCUCCAGAGUCUCUUGUUGUUGCGUCGACUGGACAGUCGGAAUCUCACGCUGCGAUGGCAGGCAAGAUGGAUGCGAAAGGAGCCGUGCCAGCUGCGAAUGUCGUCACAGAGCCCCCAGAGCCAGAAAAUACCGUUGCCCUAAUAUCACCCACCAACGCCACCCCACCACCACCGCCACCCAGUUUAAAUCAGGUUCCCCCUCCACCACCUCCGUUUACCCUUGGGCCCGAAAAGACCGAGUCAGCUGGCGACAGCAGCGGAGCAACAACGGCCGGCAGCACCGCGACGGCGACACCACCACCCAAGGAAGGAGCAGCCCCAAGCGGCAGCGGCAGUAAUCGCUCAGAAUCGUCUGCUGCUAAUGCUGCCCCUCCGGCUUCGGUGGCUCUUGCCAAUCGGCGACCGGCCAAUACCAACAAAGCGGCUGGUCCGGCCAAUGCAGCGGAACAGCGCCACUCGAAGAUACUCCGCCAGGCGGAAAUAUUCAACAGCCUCGUACUGACUCACUCGCGAAAUGAACCGCCGACGACUGGACCCAAGAGUACCAUGACGCUGGAACGGCCCAAAAAAGUCACCAUUUUCAGCUACAAGUUGAACGAUACGCGGCGCCCGACUGAAACUCGGACGGAACCUAAAGUGCCCACCAUCGUGCCCGUUUUGAAAGUCUCUGACGCAAAGAGAGCAUUUGAGAAUAAUGCGGCUGCUGCCCAGCAGCAGAGGAAUUCGAGUAUUGGCAGCGCAGCUUCAGGCCAUCAUCACAACAGUCUGCCGAGGCGGACGCUCAUUCAAACUCCGGCCAGCAUUAGCACUGACGCCAUGGUACCCAAAUCUCUCAAUCAACAACGGGCCGGUCAUGCCGCUUCGAUGGCCACCAUGACGGCCACUACAACUACCGCCCAGGAAUCCACUAAUUCAUCGGGAGUAGAGCCGGGCGAGAAGGUGGUCGUGGGAGGACUGGGCGUCAAAAUCGGCGCUAUCGGCAAAGUCACGGAAAUUGGAAUGAAGGUUAAAACGGAGGAAAAUAAUCACCAAUCGGAAAAUCAAACAACACCGAAGGACACGAAAACCAGUCAGCCCGUUCAGAACGACGAUAGCCUCAAACCUCAACAGGGGUCCAGCAGCGCCGACAGCAGCGAGAAGAAAUUACCGGAGCAAUUGAACGCGGAGCAGGAAGUUCAAGUUGCAGUGGAAAAGUCUGAAGUUGCAUCACCCGUUCCUGUCAAAGAAGUUCAACCGCCGACCAAAGUUUCGACUAAGAAAGUGAAGGAAUCGGAAUCUCUACCCUCGGCUCUUCCGGCCCAAGAGCCAGAAGAGCCAAAAGUGCGGGAGAUUCCGGUCAUGUUGGACACGGGCGAAUUGGAAACGAAAGUUGCAUCCAUUUUGGCGGCCCCUGGACGUAGUCCUCCGAAAGAUCCGCCCGCACCGCGACCUACAAGCCUCCCGACACCUGUGUCUUCUUCUACUCCGUCGCCUAAAGCGACCGGCCAGGUAUCGUCCUCCGCCACUGAAAGGAUGACAUCACCUCCGCCAAAACCCAUUCGAGUUGCUUCACCACCUCCACUCCGGAUCGCUUCUCCCCCUCCGCGUCCGGUGCGCAUCGCUUCGCCAUCACCUCCAGCGGUGGCCCAUAAAAUUAUCAAUGCAUCCACACGGACAGUGUCCCCACCACCUCCAUUAAUCCGUCCGUCGGCCGAUCAAUCGCCCAAUCAGCGGCCGCUCUCUCCGUCGACGUUGCCAUCCAGUCGGCCCAUGUCUCCCGUUUACGCGUCGUCAAUGACUUCGACCGACAGGACGGAUGACGAUUGUAUCGCCGGAUCUGAGAACGCUUUCAUCCGGGGCAUUCGCAGUCCGACGAGAGAGCAUCCAGCCCCUGCGGCGAUUCCUCCGUUAAACAAGCGCUUCUCCAAAGGACCUGGCGAUAUGCCGGAGAACGCGAUGGUGAUGGUCGAAGCCAAGCCGAUCCAGAAAGCGGAGAUCAACAUCGCCGUCAACGUGGCGUCGACGUCCACCAAUCCGAGGGAGAGAAUUAUUCCCAUCCGCGUAGAAGGCAGAGUAGAAUCAACAGCAGCGGCCGUGGCAGGGGUUGGAGGAUUAGUCGCGUCGGAGAGUAGUAAGGCCGUGCCGAAAUCGCUCAACUCCAUUUCCGUCCAGUUGCGGGCCACUCCGCCGCGAGUCGCUUCGCCGCCGCCGCCGCCGGCACAGCCAAUUAAACCCGUCCCUAUCCGUCCUAGUUCUGCGAGUCGACAGGAAUCGAUACAGAAUCCAGGACCCGCAAUGGCAACUGCAGAGUCAGUUAGUUUGGAAAGUAAAAAAUUCCUACGGGAACCCGUUCGGGAAUCUGCCAGAGAGCCGAUUCGAAAAUCGCCGCGGGAAUUUAUCAUCCCCAUUACGGUGGAAGGCGUCAGUGCCAGCCAUCCAGCGGCAACCGAGACGGCCUCGUCGUCUUCAGCGUCCAUGAGAACCAGUCGAUUCGACCGGACCAAACGAUACGGGAGCUUGUACCAUGAGGGUGAAACCGAUUUUGAUAUAAGUCAGACGUCGGGUGAUGUUGAUAAUCACGCAGCUAGUCCACUUCAUCAUUUGCAACGUUUGAGCUCCUUUAAAAAAUCACACGACGAGCCGGAAACUUCUCGAGGCCGACGGGGAAGUGACAGUUCCAUCGAUGAUGAUAUCGACGACGACGACGACACGUUCCAGAUUCUGACAGCCGAGUCCCUUUUCUCGACGCUGUUAUCACGGGUCCGACAGCUGACGAAACGGAACCAGAGAGCCGAAAGUAAUGCGGCUGAUCCGUUUGUCGUGUUCCGCAACUCUUCUCGAUUCACCAGUCCGGCUCCCAGCGCUGGCGGCCGUUCAAGAGCGACGGACGUGAGCGAUAUUCAUCGUGAGUUUGAAGACGCUUCUUCGCAGAUUAGUACACCCGGAUGCACUUCGCCCAACGCUCACCAUCACAACAACAACAAUCGCAACAGCACCGGAUCCGACCUGCUGGCCGGUUCAGCUAGCAACAAGGGUUUCUGGAACAAUGUUUAUUCCAGGGCUUCUUCGGUGGCAUCCGAGUCCGAUGCCAGACGAUAUUCGACCCUGGAUCCGCCUCGUUUCCACCCGACAGAAACGCCUCAAUUGCAGCCGCCGCCGAGUUCGGCCGGCGUCCCGUCUGGUCUCCCUUGGCGACGGGACACGUCCGUGGAAGGCGAAAGCAACUGCAGCAUCGCUUCGGCCUCCAUGUCCCAGCGAGUCCGGUUGCAACAUCAACUUGGGUCGGCUGAUGGAGGGGACCGGAAACGCGUCACGCUCACAUUGCAUGUCACGGAGCCAGCAGCUCGGGCUCCUCCUUCUUCUCCAACUGCAAGUGAUUGGUUCCGUCCCGAAUGUCGUCGUCGACACGACCCAAAUCCGGAACAAGAGAACAAAGGGCCAGCCGAGACUGGAGCUGGAACGGUCGUGUCCUUCAAAUGCUUCGUUUUAUCUCAUCCGUCAGCUAGUACCGCUUAUCAUAGUCCGUCAGCUGUCAAUGGAGAUGUCAAUAACGCAACGCCAGCAUCCAGUCGACCUUUCACUUCCUCCCUAACGCGACGUAAACUGAACCAACACCUGCGAGAAACCAAUCCGGAGCUAGUCGGUUCACCGGGACAAAAUGGAAAUCACCAACAAAAUAAUAGCGACGCCAUGUCGGAUACCUCGUCAACUUCCGCUGGCAAUCGUUCCAGUCUAUCCUGGGCGUUGUCACGCUUCACUGGCGGAGUGGCCGAUUCGGCGAAACCCACUGGCCGCUCAGUACGAGACCAACAACAACAACAACCGCAAUACAAUCGAACCAAGAGUAGCCGGGAACUGGGCAACGAGCCGCAACAGCGAACCUAUCAACGUUAUGGCCGUUCUUCCACUCUGGACAAUCUCGAACCAGACAGCUCAACUGCACCUUCUUCCGCUUCUACAGCUGGUUACUUCCAUCGGAUAGGAUCGCCGUUCUCCGAUGAUGAGAAUCCCAAUUCCGGCGUUUCGACACCGGCCUCCUACCGGACCUAUACGAGAACGCGUAGUCGAGAAUACAUGAGCCCAACGAGCAGUCGAGGCACCUCUCCCGUUCCAUCCAGCAGCAUCGCAGCGUUACCGUCCAUCUCUACUACGAUGAGUAGUCCGGAUGCAGUGGCCAACAUGACCAUGAAUCCGAUUGUUCCGCAAUUGAGUACCGUCCUAGAGAACGGUCCGUUGGGGGUUGAGGGCGAAAGUAGUCCGCGGCAAACCAGAGCGGCUGAAAGCAAAUUGGCCGCCAUCACCAGUUUGAAUUCAACAAAUCCGAUUCCCGUCUCAGUUCCAGCUCCAGCCCCUAUUUCUGCUCCAAAUCCACCAGCAGCUCCGACGAGUGAAAAUGCGGAUGGGACAAUCGAACGCAAAUCACGACGUGUUUCUCGGUUCCUCCGGCCGGAUUUCUACGAUGCCCCAAAAGAGGAAUCGUCAACCGAAAAGCAGCGCUUCCUCAAAUCGGUCGAACAGCGCUGGGAAAAGUACAAUCCGGACGCCGGAUUGAUGGCAUUAAGUAAAACCACAAACAGUCAAACUGCAGGAUCGACUCAGACAAUCGAACGUCCUGCUGCUCCAAUCUCCAAGGAUCGUGCAACCGGAUCUUUAACGUCGACUCCGCCAUCUCCUUUACAACCGAUUCUAAAAGCCAGACAAAGUUUGACGCCUAUUCCGGCCCCGGCUCAACCCAAUCUAUCGCUUCCGCCUCCUAGCUCGUCCAUUGUUUUGAAACCGGUGCCUGAACAGCCCCAAGUGGAACCCACCACCAAUAAAAUCCCGCAACAGGUGAUGCUGAAACCGGUUUCCGUGGAGCCACAGCAACAGCAGCAGCAGCAGCAAUCGGCUCCUAAAUCAAACGGCAACGCUCCUAGUUCCAAGAAUUCACCCAAGUUGACGGUCCGUCGCCAGUUUGAGCAUUUGAUCAAUUUAGCGGCGGCCCAAUUCCAACGAUCCUCGUCUCCCAACAAAGUCGCUCCUGCUGCUCCAGCCCAAACCCCUGCAAGUACUUCUACAACUAUCACCCCUCCAACUCCAGUUGUUUCAACUGCUGCUGUUGCCCAACCACCAACUACUAUCCAGCAGCCACCGGAUACGAUUUCUCUGGAAUUGAAGCAGCUGGAAGAUGAAAUCAAAAAUACAGCGGCCAUCAAAGCCCAGGCGUCGGCCAGACUGGACGCUCUCAAAUACGAGCAUGCUGUCAGAAGCGGAGCUGCCGCAAUUCCUCCUUCCGGAAUCCCCAAACCAGCUAUUCCGGUCAAGCCGAUUUAUUUAGUAGCUCGACCGGUUCAGGAAAUACCAUCCGUUUCACCCGAUUUACCUAUUGUCCCACCUGAAUUCCAGCCGUUCCAGUACAAGGGCUCGAACGGGACCUUGCGUGAAUUGUCUCACCGCAGCAACAACAACAACCGAAGGGACGCUUUGUCGCCACCUCCGGCGGGGGCCAAUGAAAACGGAACCAUUUCUCCAUUUGCCGACGAGGCCGUUCGUUUCGCCCGCAUUAUCAAACGAUUCGAAUCUCAGCCUUACGAAAACAGCUGGGCCAGCGACGCCAUGGGAAUAGAUAAUGCAGCACCUGGAACGCCGACGGACAGCUACGAGUCUUCUUCCGUUUGCUCCGACUUGCGCGGUGACCAAAGAGAUUCCGGCGAGGAUGAAAGCGUCAGCGAAAGGAUUUUCCGCAAGAGUUUCUACUCUCGUUUCAACGAGCCGACCAAAACGAAGCAUCGGCGUUCCAUGACCAGGGAACUCGAGGGCGGUGAAGGAGGUGAAGGAAACUUGCCCAUCACCGACGCCCAGCCGCCCAUCUCUCGUCGUUCUUCGCAACAUCGCAAGAGUCUCAGCGGUCGGGACGAAUCGGUCGAUCGAAUUGGCCUCUCCGAAACGGUGAUGGUCCGCAAAUUCCUGUCGUCCGGCGACGCCAAUGGCGGUGGUAAUUUCGAUCGUGAGCGCCGCCUGUCGGCGAGUCGGAGACAUCCGUCCGUGUCCGAGUACUCGGACGCCACCGUCGACGUCAUUCAUCCGAGGCGAUCGAUGUCGAGGGAAGUCUCAGUGGCCCGCUCGGUCAAAAGCGACACACAGCCACCGCAAGUGACAAGUCCGACACCUUCGGUCGCCGGCUCCGAUUCUGGCGACCGUGCCGGAACCGCCGGAAGAGAAGUGCGAUCCUACGCUCGAACUUAUUCGAGUUCGCGUGCACUCGCCAACGAUUUGCCACCUUCGGGGAAUGGCGAAUCUUAUUCAUCGGCCAGUCUGGGCCGUCGCAGUUACUACCCGGUUUCGUCGACGUCGACGAAUGCGGAUCACAUCAGCAGCCUGCCACGGAGAUCCAGCAAUCGGUACAGUAUACACGAACAUGUUCCAGAGAGCACCAACGUCCGUCUGCGUUCGACCGGAUCGUCGGUUUUGGCGAGCCGGCCGUCACGAUAUUCGUCCAUUUUGUUGGAGGAAAGUGGCGGCAGUGGGUCGGCAGCUACUGGACAUCAAAUCAGCAAUGUCCUUUCGCCCAACUCGACGCGACGCCACACCAACCUUUCAGAUUCGGGGCUGACCCGAAGGGAAUCGACUUUUUACGGGACUCCUAGUCCUUUUUCAAGUCGGCCAGGAGCAGGAUCAGGAGCAGGAGGAUCGACAACUGGAUCCACGUCCACGUACUUUUUGCGCUCCACCAGUAGCGGACUGGAUCAUCACAACAACAACAGCACCAAUCACAGCGGGACGUACUCGACACUGAGACCGUCUUUGCUGCGCCAUCGCCGAUAACAUUUACUACAACUCAAAUCACGAAUAAUACUCAUUCAAUCCUACACGCGUCGAUAUAAUUACUACAUCCUUGUUUCUGUUUUUGUCUGUUUUGUUUCAAAUUUUUUUUUUGUGCUCUGUUUAACUCUCGUGGCUUCGCAAUCAGUUAAUUCUUAUGUCGGGUGAACAAAAGGGG